AUGCCGGUACAAACCAGUCCACCGUCCUUCCAGGACUCGUUCCCAUCAUUUAUGUCCGUUUAUGGUGGACUGCCAGCCCAAUACAAAGAGGACGAGCACUCUAUACAUCCGUUCCAGCUUCCAGCGCACAUUCCAGUUCACACUUCGUCACAUCUUCCUCCUUCCCCUCAUCGCGAAAGCGUGUCGUCAAUGACCUCCGGGUCCAGCGAAUCUUCCCCUACCACCACAGUUUCGCCCUUCGAUUCGCCCUCCACGGGCAACGUCUCCCCCAGCUCCUCCCCCGAAUCGCUCUCUGCAAUGCCGAUGUCCUAUCCGAAGUUCACGCCAUCCAUUCGGCCCGUCGAAGUUGCCGCGCUGUCCGCCAUGGCGGAUAGCACCCGACUAUUGCCCGCUCCAACGAGGACGCGGGCCGACUCCCCCAAUAGACGAUCGCGUAACCCGAAGAAUCUAUCGUUGCGCAUGCCGCCCCUCUCGCAGUCGCGCCCCCCUAUUGCAACCGCAUCGGUCCUCGAGACUACAUCAUCACAUCACCUGUCUGCACCGCCAUCCCCCAUUCAGAUACCGAAGACUGGUCGGCGGCGCCCUGCUAAUCUCACCAUUCGGACACCCGGCUUUGACAAGUCCUUUGGUUCUGACCUGGUACCUCCAACCCCUCUUGGGCGACACACUCUUCGUCAUGCCGAGUCGUCUCCCUCGCUCGCCUCGAUUACAUCUCCUGGUUUUGCUCCGCGGGGUGGCAUGCAGCUUCCACGGCUGAUGUCGACCGACGGUCAACCCCACUCGUCGGGUACUUCCUCCGCGGACAACUCCCCGCUCACGAUGACCCCCGAUAUUAAUACCACGUUUACCCGCCGGGUGCUUCACGGGCUGGAGGAAGAGGAUUCCCACUUGGAUUCGCGAGAGUCGACUCGGGGAUCCGACCGUGGCUAUCCUAAUGGACCCAUUCGCAUCUAUGACUCUGGAGUGUGGCUGUACUUAGAGCCCAAUGCGGAGGAGGCAGCGCAAUUCGACGUGGUGAUCAACGUAGCCAAGGAAGUUCGCAACCCCUUCAACAUCGACAAUGAAGGCCGAAAUGACACCGUUAUGAGCACUUGGCGUAACGCGUCGAUGGCCUCAAACCGAUAUUCCAACAGCGACCCCCAAACUGCGAUGUCUGACAUCUCCUUCAAGUCUGCAUUUGAAUACCAGGCGUCCGACUCUUCCGGUUCUGCAACCCCAACUACCGCGACCCCUAAACCUACUACUCCCGAGUACCUCCACGUUGGUUGGGACCACAACUCGGAGAUCCUCGACGAUCUUCUUCCUCUGUGUGAGCUCAUUGAUGACCGGGUCGCGGAGGGCAAGAAGGUUCUUGUUCACUGCCAAUUGGGUGCGAGCCGGUCGGCUUCGUUGAUUAUUGCAUAUGGUCUGUACAAGAAUCGUCACCUGGAUUUCAACUCGAUGUAUGAGCUCGUCAAGGGACGCAGCCAGUGGGUCAGUCCGAAUAUGAGCCUCAUCUACCAGCUCACCGAUUUCCGCUCUCGGUUGAUGCAAGGAUCCACUUCGCGACCUGCCCCUCGUGAGUGGUUUGUACAGACUGGCCGUAGAAGCUCCGAGCCGCAAGUCACUCAAACAGAACGUGAACAGGCUCAGCAGCAAUUGGCUUUGGGUGGCUUAGCUCCGGUGCCGUCCAUUGGUGGUCUCUCGAUCCCAUCUUCAAGUCCAAAACGCCCCAAGACCAGCGAUAAUGGAAAUCGGUCGCCCAAACGCAGCUUAUCUCCGCGGCCACUGCCCUUCCGACAGAAGUUUCAGUCGAUAGAACCUGCGUUUGGUCGAUCUCGUAGGCUUCCACGCAGCGUGAGCAGUUGUGAUCCCUUAGUUCAAACCAAUGUGUUUGUGCGUGAUAUCCCCGACCCUAGUUCGGGGCUUUUCUCCCCAGGACAUCGGGCUUCCUAUCACCCCCACCGCUUCCCCUUCAAGCCCGGGGGAUUGAGCAGACGGUUUCCGAAGGUCCCAGUGCUGUGCAAUACGCGAAGGACACAGCUGAUCCUCGCUCACCUCCAGCGGGAGGCGAGCGUCUUAUCUUGA